AUCAGCUGCUGGCUGGAUUGUUUGUUCAAACUUUGCAAACCCGUUACGUGUACAUACAUACAUACAACUCUCCUCUAACUGUGUUUGUGCACUCACACGCAAUUCGUCGUAUCUAUUUGUAUUGUAUUCGUGCGUUUAAGUGUAGUAGUGUUGUUUAGCCUGUGUGUGUGCGCUUAACUUAAAGCUGACGUCGUCACCACCGUCACACUAUAGUCAAACGUACCCGAAAUAAAAACAAAAGCAACCAGCAGUAACAAAAUUAACAAAACAGGCAAUCAAAAUUAUUGCAAAUAUAUUUCAGUUAUUAUAUAUAUGUUUGUAUGUAUGUAACAAAAAUAAAAGUGUAGUUGUGAAAAAUUAUACGUGCGGUUUUUUCGUUAUUACUGUGCUUUGUGAUUAAGUAGUGUGUGUGUUCUUGUGUGUGUGUGUAUGUGAAACACAAAAGCGACAGCAGCGUCACAUAAAAAAUAUAAAUAGCAAUAGAAAGUUAUUAAAGCGUUUGCAAAAAAAUAGCAGCAACAACAGAGCCAGCGACAAGCAAGCUAGCAAGCAAUAACAAAAAAAUAUUUUUUAUACACAAAAAAAUAUAUUUAAAGCUCACGUUGCGCUCUCAGUCGCCGCCACAGUCACGCUCUCUUACGUCGUCGUCGUCGUCGGUGCGCUCUUGAAACGUCGCAAAAGUUUGUAAACAUCAAAAGCUUGUGUCGCUCUAUACGUGUGUGUUUGAGUGUGCAGAGAAAGAGAUUAGAAAUAGAAAAGUGAAGAACCAGCCGGAGUCGCAGCCGCCGCAAUCAACGUUAACGUCAACGUCGCCUUCAGCAUAACAGCGGCAGCUGUCAAACAUAAAACAAAGCUUACCAGUGGGUUAAUCAACUUAACACAAUUGAGUACGGUCAACGCGUGCCCACUGCAGCCUCUCCGAGCAACACAAACUCGAGCAGCUCAUCGAACACAGGCUCCCAAAGCGGCACCCUGAGCACUAGUCUGAGCAAUACGACAAACACAAACACAACCAUGGGUCCCAACGGCACGGCACAGAAUCAAAAUCAACAGGGCGGCGAGCAAUUGUCAAAGACAAAUCUAUAUAUACGCGGACUGCAGCAAGGCACAACCGACAAGGACUUAGUUAAUAUGUGUGCACAAUACGGAACAAUUAUAUCAACCAAGGCUAUUUUAGAUAAAACAACAAACAAAUGUAAAGGUUAUGGCUUCGUCGACUUCGAGCAGCCAGCCUACGCCGAGGGCGCCGUCAAAGGACUUCAGGCGAAGGGCGUGCAAGCUCAGAUGGCCAAAGUGGGUAUCUGGGUGCUUCAUAGGCCGGCCAUUCAACAGGAACAGGAUCCAACAAAUUUGUAUAUCGCAAAUUUGCCGCCACAUUUCAAAGAAACUGAUCUGGAGGCAAUGCUAUCGAAAUACGGACAAGUUGUUUCGACCAGAAUAUUGCGUGAUCAGCAAAUGAAUUCAAAGGGUGUUGGCUUUGCGCGCAUGGAGAGUCGCGAGAAAUGUGAACAGAUCAUACAGAUGUUCAAUGGUAACACAAUACCGGGUGCCAAAGAUCCCCUAUUGGUCAAAUUCGCCGAUGGUGGUCCCAAAAAGAAGAAUCUCUUCAAGACGCCCGAUCCAAAUGCCCGCACGUGGCGUGAUGUCUCUGCCGAGGGCAUACCCGUCACCUAUGACCCGACCUUGCAGCAGAACGGUGUUAGCGUCAAUGUCGGUACACCUAUUGGUGUGCCCUAUUCACGUUUCGGUGCACCACAGGUGGGUGGCUAUCCAGUCGCUGGCUCGCAAUGGAUACCCGGCUAUAUGAUGACACAGCCGAUCACUCAGGUAGAUGAUCAGUAUAUGCAAAUGGCUGCUGCUCCACCUCUAGGAGUCACCUCAUAUAAACCGGAGGCUGUUAAUCAGGUGCAACCACGCGGCAUUUCAAUGAUGGUUAGUGGUGAGACGGCUGUGCCAUAUGGAACAAUGAUGCCGCAAUUGGCAACCCUGCAAAUUGGCAACUCUAAUUUUUCUCCAUCGUUACAGUAUAUUAGUCCAACUUAUCCAUAUUAUGCACCACAACCAACUAUUAUACCAACAAUGCCAAUGACAGAUUCCGAACAGGCUAGCACAGCUGCAUCACCCGACGAGGCAUACACACAGUAUCCACAUCAAGCCGCUCCCAAAUAGGUCUUCGCGAGAUAUAAUAUUUUAGUACCACGUUUGACGAUGUAGUGGACGAGAGUGGAGCGAUGAGCGUUAAUAGUUAGGGAGAUGAAAAACAACAGCAACAACAACAACCAAGAACAACAAUACGAGUGCAGCAGCGGCGGCAACAACAUCACGCCCGAAGGCAGUUACAUUAUGAAGACAACAAACACAGCAACAAAAACAACAACAACAACAGCCGAAAAUCAGCAACAACAAUAACAGCAACAUCAACACCAACAGGCGGAUUAUGCUGAAAAUAACUAAAAAUAAUGUUAAAAAUUAAUGUAAACGAUGGUGAAGAAGAAGUGAGAAAAUGAAACAAGGAGAAAUGAAAAAUACAUAAAUAAAAUGUAAGCAGAAGAAGAAGAAGAGCAGUGUGAAAGUUAAGAACAUGAGCGGUAAAAGUGAAGGAAAGCAAAGACUAAACUUAAAUAAUAGAAAUAGUUAUACACACUUAAAAAAACUCUUAACAACAACAAGAUGAUGAUAGGAAAAGCGAAAAUAUGUAUUUACAAAUGAAAUGAGGAAAGGCAAAAACAUACACAUACACAACACACACACACAAACACACAUAAGAAAUGGUGAAAUUUUUUGAAGUGCAUGCCAAUUGUUAAAACGAGCGCAACUUUUAAGUGUAAAAGAGGCAAUAACGAAUUGCUAAAAAUAACACACACACAUACACCCACAUACUAACUGCAAAAACAACAACUUGAAGAAACAACAAUUUGCAAAAGAUUUUGAAGAUGUAGGAGAAGGAGAAUAGAAAAAAGCGGAAACUAGUUAAGUAAAACUUAUAAUUUAAAAUUGCAACAAGAACCUGCAUGAAAUUGAAAUUGAAACCAAUCAGAAAAUAAAAAACUAAAGCAAGGGCAUGUAAAUGUUUAAACAAAAACCAAACAAAACAAAAACACAAAAACUAUUUUGCUAAUUUUGAACUAGCAAGACCUAAAACGGAAACAUUUUUGAAUUAAAAACCAAAACAAAAACAAAAACGUGUGCAAUCUAUGUUAUAGAACCGAAACAGAGUAAAUGAAUAAAAAUGAUUUGAUUGCCAAUGAUCAAUGAUGAAGAUCAUGAAGCAACACACACAUACUUAUAACAUUAAGUCAAGCAAAAGUAAUUUAAAAACAAAACAAACAAUAAUAAAAAAAAGAAACACACA